AUGAGACACUUUCCCAACUUCAGUUUAUUCCAAACUUUCUCCCUUUCUAAAUUUAUUCACAUCUCUCUCUCUCACUUUCUUUCUCUAUUUCUUUCUUUCUUUCUCGCUCUGUUCAAAUUUUUCUACCUUUCUAAGACAUCUCUCUCUGUAUCUCAUCAUGCAUCUAUCUAUCUAUUUCUCUCUCUCUCUCUCUCUCUCUCUAUAUAUAUAUAUAUAUAUAUAUAUAUAUGCCAGCCUGUUAAUAUCUCUGUUUGUCCCUCUAUCUCUCAUCCUGUUUAUGACUGUCUGUUUACCCGACAGUGCCUUCUAUCGCUGUACCUAUCUAUCUAUCUAUCUAUCUAUGCACUUGAAGCUGACAGGAAUGCAAUGAUGCACAAUAAGAGGCAGAUUGUUCCCUAUUCUCGAGGAGGGACUAGAAAGUUACAUUAUAAUCAAUAUGUGCAUAUCUAUCUAUCUAUCUAUCUAUCUGUUUGUUCUGUUCAUAUCUAUCUAUCUAUCUAUCUAUCGCAGUUUGUUCUGUUCAUAUCUAUCUAUCUAUCUAUCUAUCACAAUCUCUUCAUAUCUAUCUUAGCUUUUUCUUAUCUUUCCAUCUCAACCUAUUUACUUCCAUCAAACAAAUGCUUCCUAAGUCUGUUCAUAUCUAUCUCAAUAUAUUCAUAUCUAUCUAUCUAUCUAUCUAUCUAUCUAUCUAUCUAUCUAUCUAUCUAUCUAUCUAUCUGCGAUGUUGUUCUUGGUGGUGUUAUCUAUCUAUCUAUCUAUCUAUCUAUGCACUUGAAGCUGACAGGAAUGCAAUGA